AUGACCUGCGGUACAGAGCACCAGAUGAAUGAUUCUUUGAUUUGUCCUCUAACUCAACAAUUGUUCUCGGUUCCAGUCCUUGCCGAUGAUGGCUAUACAUAUGAAGAGUCUGCGAUUGUUAAAUGGAUUCAAGAAAAUCAUACAAGUCCAAAGACAAGACAAAAUUUGUCCGUUGAAGGUUUGCGUCCUAAUCGCCUUAUCAAAAGUUUAAUAGAAGAAUUUGAAAAUUCAUUGCGUUCCGUUGAUUAUCGUUUUAAGUUGGAUGUUGACGUACGGAAAGAACGUAAUGCAAUAUUUCACAUAAAUACUAAGUCUAUAUUUCGUGCUCAUUGGAUAACACGUCGAAAUGCUCCGCCAACAAUAUUAUUGAAAAUGAAUGGUGUGCGAGCGAAAAGAGAAGCAUCAUUUUGCGUACAAUUGAGUCGUCACCCACAUAUUAUACGAACAUAUGGAAUGGUCGAGCCAACACCUCAAGAUUCGAUAAUGUUACUUCAAGAAUAUGCUCCAGAAGGAAGUCUUCAUGACCUACUUGAUGAUCAACCAAGAGUACCGGAUGAAAUGAUUUUGAUUGAGAUGUUUUCACAAAUAACAGAUGCCAUGACUUAUCUUGCACAUAACCAUGUGACUCAUGGAGAUUUAGCAUGUAGAAAUAUACUAGUGUUUCGUUUCAAUAAGUACAAACCUGAGGAUAAUCUUGUUAAAUUGACUGAUUUUGGUCUUACUCGACAUAGUUCUAUAUAUUUAUCAGUUAACAAUGAGUCAGUGGUAAAUGAUUGCAUUCCAAUACGUUAUGCAUCACCGGAAUUGAUUCAACACCAGAAAUGUUCUGAAAAAUCAGACAUUUAUUCGAUGGGUGUAACUAUGUGGGAAGCAUUAUCAAAAGCUAAAAUGCCAUGGUCUCAUAUUGAGACGGACAGAGAAAUAUGUCAGCGUGUGACCUCAGGUGAAAAUUUGCCAAAGCCCAUUAUGUGUAGCGAUGAAACAUGGUCGGUAAUUUUGACCACGAUGACUUUCAAUGCACAAGAACGACCAACAUUUUCCCAAUUGAGGCGUUCACUGACAAGACUACAAUACCAGCUCGAAACUAUACCUAGAAGUCACACUGAACUAAUGAAUAAAUUUCAACAAGUACUUCAAGUGGAAAUGAAUGAAAUUGUUAUAGGCAUUGCUGUCGAACAAACUCUUGUAAAUUCAAGUGGAUUAAACAUUCAUCAAACAGGUGCAACAUUUCGACGUAAACCCGACACUGAUAUUACAGUAUUUCGUUUGAGAAUACCUAGUGAUAAUGAUUUAAAUAGUUUUACACGUUAUUAUGGUGAAAACAUUAAGAAUUUAAUAAUGCAAUACGAAAGAGAAGCAACAACUGAAUGGGUAAAUAUACAUAUGAACACAAGCAUCUUGUAUAACCAUAUGGUGUCAAUUAUUUGGAAGUAA